AUGCUCCCUUCUCGCUUCCUGCUCCUCCCGCACUGCCCCACCGCGCCGGCCCCGACUCCGACUCCGACACCCCCCGGCGGCGCGCGCUCGCCGAGCUCGGUCGCACUGCGGUUCGGAUCCCCCGGAGGCGUGCGGCUUCGUCGCGGGCGAGGGUCGGCGGCGGUCGCGAUGGCAUCCGACGGGCGCGUGGAGCGGAUCGCGUCCAGCAUCCGCGCCAUCCCCAACUUCCCCAAGCCAGGGAUUUUGUUUCAGGACAUCACAACCUUGCUUCUCGAUCCGCAGGCAUUCCGUGACACCACUGACCUCUUUGUCGAGCGGUACAAGGACAAAGACAUAACUGUAGUUGCUGGUGUUGAAGCCAGAGGAUUCAUUUUUGGUCCUCCCAUUGCAUUAGCCAUAGGUGCAAAGUUUGUUCCAAUAAGGAAGCCGAAAAAAUUACCUGGUGAGGUGAUAUCGGAAGAAUAUUCUCUGGAAUAUGGCACUGACAAAAUCGAAAUGCACGUAGGAGCUGUGCAGCCCAAUGACCGAGUCCUUAUUGUGGAUGAUCUAAUUGCCACAGGGGGAACCCUUUGUGCCGCUGCCAAACUUAUUGAGCGUGUUGGAGCAAAGGUGGUUGAGUGUGCCUGUGUUAUUGAACUGCCAGAGCUGAAGGGCCGGGACAAGUUGGGGGACAUGCCAGUUUUUGUCCUAGUGCAGGCAGACGAAUCAGUAUGA